GGAGGCCGAGGGGAGAGAGGCGAGAAGGAGGGAGACACCUCCUUCCCUGGGCGGGGGAGGAGCGGGCGCCAAUGAAAAGUAGCCACUUUCGGGGGGGUGGGGGGGGAAACUUUUCCUGUUGACUGUUGGAAGCGAAUUGAGCAAUUAUCUAGUUUACCUUCUCCUCUUGGAAGUUAACGAUUGGCGAGAUCUUGGCUGCGUUAUUGACACAACACUUUCUAUUGAUAGAAAUAAGUAGCGAUUGUCCCGAGUCACUGGCGCGCCAAAGUAACCGGCGAUGGGCUGGCUUGAGGCCGCCGGGCUCAGAGGGCUGGUUCCGCCGGCGGAGGAGGUGAUGGUGCUGCUGGCGGCGGCGAUGCUGCUCUCCCUCCUUGCAGAUCAGUGACAAGAGAAGGGGCAGAGAGAGUGAAACAGAGUGAGAGAGGGGAGAGGAUAGGAAAAAAAAAAAAAAGAGAAAAAAAAAAAAAGAGGCGUCUACCAAAGCGGCUCAAACCGGGCGAACAAAUGCAAUCCAGCCAUGGACAAUAGUGGCCACCAUACGGCGACCAAAAUCCUAGCGACUCCUCCAGCCAGAGAAAGCCUGUCUGCCAGGAGCAACAUGAUCAGCACGCCCAAGCCCCUCGCCUUCUCCAUUGAGCGCAUCAUGGCGCGGACGCCAGAGCCCCGCUCCAUCCCCGUCCCGCAGCUCCUCCACGGCUCCGUGGCCAAAGGCGACCCCAAGCACCCGCUGCACCUCAACUCCUCCAUCCCCUGCAUGAUCCCCUUUGUCCCGGUGGCGUACGACCCCCUGCCCAAAGCGGCGGUGGCCGGAGUGGAACCCAGGAAGGCUCAUUUAGACUCCUCUUCCUCGCCCUCCUUUAGCUGCGGCGAUCUCUUGAACUGUGCCCUGAGCUUGAAAGGAGAUUUCCCCCGCGAUGCCCUGCCCUUGCAGCAGUACAAACUGGUAAGACCCCGAGUGGUCAAUCACUCCUCCUUCCACGCCAUGGGAGCCCUGUGCUAUUUCAACCGAGGCGACAGCCCUUGUCACCCGUCCUCCAGUGUCAACAUCCACCCAGUGGCUUCUUAUUUUCUCAGCUCCCCCUUGCACCCGCAGCCCAAGGCUUACCUGGCGGAGAGGAACAAGCUGGUGCUGCCGGCAGUGGACAAGUACCCGGCGGGGGUGGCCUUCAAGGACUUGUCUCAGACCCAGCUGCAGCACUACAUGAAAGAGAGCGCCCAGAUCCUCUCGGAAAAAAUCGCCUACAAGACAUCGGAGUUCAGCCGCGGCUCCCCGAGCAGCAAGCCCAAAGUUUUCACGUGUGAAGUUUGUGGAAAGGUAUUUAAUGCACAUUAUAACUUAACUCGCCAUAUGCCGGUGCACACGGGAGCCAGACCCUUUGUUUGCAAAGUUUGCGGGAAGGGCUUCAGACAGGCAAGCACGCUCUGCCGGCACAAGAUCAUCCACACCCAGGAAAAGCCACACAAGUGCAACCAGUGCGGCAAAGCCUUUAACCGGAGCUCGACCCUGAACACGCACACGCGAAUACACGCUGGCUACAAACCUUUUGUUUGUGAAUUUUGUGGCAAAGGAUUUCACCAGAAAGGCAAUUACAAAAACCACAAGCUGACUCACAGCGGCGAGAAGCAAUUCAAGUGCAAUAUCUGCAACAAGGCUUUCCACCAGGUGUACAACCUGACGUUCCACAUGCACACCCACAACGACAAGAAGCCCUUCACCUGCCCCACCUGCGGCAAAGGCUUCUGCAGGAACUUUGACCUCAAGAAGCACGUCCGCAAGCUGCACGACAGCGCCCUGGGACUGCCCCGGGCCCCCGCAGAGCUGGGGGGGCCUGACCAGCAGCCGGCCCCCUCCGGGCCGCUGCUGCCGGGCCCGCCACCGCUCCAGCCUUGAGGGUGGGAGCUCCAGCCGCCCCUUGCAUGCACCUGUUAAGCGGUUUUGUGUGUUAUGCUCUAUAUCGCCACUCACGUCCAUGGGACCGGUUGUUUCCCCUCUUUAUUUUUCUAAUUUUAUGUUUUUUAAGACUCUAUUUUUUUUUUUUUUUGUCGUUGCAUCUCAGGGGGAGAGAUGAUUUAAAAAAGCAAAAAGGAAAAGAAAACGCGCCAAGCCAAUUUCUGCUGUAUUUAUUUGGGGUCUGUAUUACCCGAACCGGGAACGCUGCACCACUUUAAUUAUUUCGAUGUAUAUAUAUCUCCAUUGUGUUGAUCCCGCCCUGCCUCCGCUGCCUGCUGGUUAUUCCUCCCCUUUCUUGGUUUCCACCUCUCCCCUCUUCCCUCCUGAAUAUCGUAUCUAUAUGGACAGAACUGGUCCGCUAUGUACGAAUUUGAAUUUCGGUUUGAUUCUUCUUGCACGUGAAGAAAAAAAAAAAAAAAGAAAGAGAGAAAAAAAAUGUAUUUCGUUGACCUCGUGGAAAUAAAUAACUCGCCCGUGGGGGGCUGCGGCUGGGCCUGGGAGAGCGGCGCGGGGGAUGCCGAGCUGCAAACCUCCGCCGCGUCCCUGCCAAAACACUCCAACAACCGCUAAAGACUUUAAUUAAGAGGGGUAAUUAGUUCGGAUUGAUCAAAGCCGGGUUGUUAUGUUAUUAACUACUCAGCAGACUCUGCCAAGCCGAGCGCGCUCGUCGGUGGGAGCCUGAGGAGCGGCGGGAGGGGUCGGCUGGGUGUGCGGCGCUCCCGGGGUAACCGCACGGGGCAGGAAUAGCGGGUGUUGCCCCCCGGGAGAGCAGCAGUACCCGCUCGCCUACGGCAGCCCCACCGCGGGCUGCGGGUGCUUUCGGGGCGGGGAGAGCGCAGGGCUCCCGGCCAACGCUGGGGGAUAGCCCCAUUCCUGGGGGCUUGGCGGCCACGUCUGCGGGACCCCUCACGAAUGGGUGGUU